AUGAAAUCUCAACAAAACCUUCAACGAUCCGGCACAACUAAUGACAGAGUCCGCUUAAAUACAACAAUAGAAGAUGUACCUGCCAGUGUUUAUAUCAAAAAUUUUGCGAAUAAUGUAUUUCGAACGCUUUCACUAUCGAUCUGUCUUGGUUGCAUGAUAUUUCUGAUUUUCCAAGCAGUUCAUGCGUAUUUUCAAUAUCCAACUCAAACGUCUGUUUCAUUUAUCGUCGAAUGGCCUCAAGCAUUUCCUGCAGUUACAGUUUGCAACUAUUCUCCACUGCGAUACGAUCGAUUUAUUGAACCAUUUCUUAACUACACGAAUACAUUCAAUUUAACGAGUACUUCUAAUGCGACAGAAAUCACCAAAGAACAUGGUCGAUUUAUUCGCAAAUUUAUAGUUUAUAAAGUUAAUCGAAAUGAAUCAAUAAUGGAUUAUUUCUACUCUCUUGACACUAUGAUGAUAUCAUGCAUGUACAAUCAUGUACCGUGCACCGUGGCUGAUUUUACCUGGUUCCUGUCAUCACAAUACGGCCUCUGUUAUACAUUUAACGCCAAACUGAAACCUUCUCUGAAAAAGCCUGUCAGGGAGAACUGUGAGAGCGGUUCGUUCGGUUCAUUUGAAUUACGAUUCUAUGUGCAUCAACAUCAAUAUGUACCGUAUUUAUCUAAUGGUAUUGGUAUGGUUGUAUCAGUGCAUGACAAUGGGCAGAUGCCAAACAUUGAAGCAGUUUCAAGACAAUUAGCACCUGGACAACAUCAUCGAUUAAGUUAUGUGAAAAAGAUCAGUUCAUUUUUGCCUAAACCUUAUACAACGUGUACUAAUAAGACAAGUGCUCGAUUGCAAACGCUGCUCGAAGAAUAUCAUGAUACGGAUUAUGGAUAUUCGCAACUUCCCUGCUUUUUCGCUUGCCUGCAGGCCUAUACUUAUGAAAGGUGUGGCUGUGGAAAUCCUUUACGCUGGGCAACUCGUUCGAUUAUUUUACCGGGUACAAAUCAGAAAGUAAAUAUCUCACUCUGUGACGUUGACAAUCCAUGCUAUCGUCGUGUAGCAAAAGAUCUUAUGAAUAUAAAAGAUAUUCGGACGAAUUAUUGUAAUGACUGUGCACAAGAAUGUUUUGUGUCUCAGUAUUUGAUCAAAUCGAGUUCUGUCUUAGCGCCGCCAUCUUAUUUAAUGCAUGAUAUCAAACAAUUCGUCGAAGAAUCGUCGAUUCCAUUACCUAGCAAUUGGUCAACAACGUGGAUGUCAGAAAUACGAUCCAGUUAUGUUUCGCUAAUGAUUGCCUACGAAUCAGCGCGAACAGAAGUAUAUGCACAGCAGCCAACAAUCAGUUUCGUUGAUGUUAUUUCUAAUGUUGGCGGACAGACUGGCCUUUGGAUUGGUAUUAGCUUUUUCUCCAUAGUGGAAAUCGUGGAACUGAUCUAUCGAAUGUUGUUUUUUGAAUUACCAACAUCGAAGUCACGUCUUCUAGAACACAACACAUCGAGCGCUGAAGAGCAAUGGAAACAUCUUUUCAGUGACAUAAACCCAUACACAUCAAGCAAACUCACGGUUGCUGGCGUUUUCUACAUCAUUCUGGCGAUAGUUGCUAUCGCAAUCGAUAUUCGGCUGAUAAUUGACGUCGCAUAUUUUCCGUUCUCUGGUUUGUUAUAUGGAGUUUUUUUGAUAGCACUGGGUAUUCUUACCAUCAUACUCAGCCGUCAGCAAGUUUAUGUGUUAACAAAUUUAUUUAUCCUUGUAUUUUUCCAACUAUUGAUUACAAUCGCUACUCUAGUUGUCAAAGUUCUUGCAGUUUUGGACACUAUAAACGACUCACAUGGUGGUUGUUCACACUUCUCCGAUUAUUGUGAUCGAAGUGAACAAGUAGUCUUACAGAUCACAAAUAUAGUUCAUUGUGUAAUUGUAUUUUGUUUACUGAUUACUACGUUCAUUCUUAUCACACGAGCACGUCAAACAAGUACGACACAAAGAACUGUUAAUUAUGUAGCAUACGUUCCACGAAACUAUUCGAUACCAACUUCAUUUCAAAAUCCGUGUGCAACAAUGAAUGACCAGCAGUCAAGUUCGGCAUAA